GGUAUGCAGGAGGCGCAGUGUGUGUAUGAGGAGAGGGAAGAGAGAGAGAGAGAGAGGUAGCAGUCAGUGCAAUGGGAUAGAGGAGAGCGAGGAGUAGGAGGAGAGUGAAUGAGAGCUGUUGGAUCUGCUGUGCCUGCGUGCCUGCCUGUCGUCUGCUGAAGCUGGGGUUUGCUGCCACGCUGCGCUGGCACAGAGCAGAGUCACGGCCCAUUUGCACCACCGUCCUCCCUCUCAGCACCAACACAGCACCGGUUGUUAACUCCAGCGACACCACCAGCAAGGCAAACCAAGGACAGAGCUCACCAGGCUUUCACCAUCAUCAAAGGGGGCACUCUGCAGCUACAAAGGGGCCUGACGCUACAAUUUAGGAACCAGCUGCUACCUCAUCCAAAUCCCCCUCCACCUUAUCCCAUCCUUACCAACACCCCCGCCACUCCUCUCUUGCUCCUCCCUAUGCCCUUGUCCUCGGCGGCUCCUCUCACCUCCCUGGCCAGUAUAUGGAUAGAAGCUCCCUGUUUCAGCUCAUACAAGAGCAGGUAAGCGAGCGAAGCAAGCAGCGGCAGAGGUUUCUAUGGUUACAGGCUCCUGGCCACCUCGCCGUCUACCCAGGGAUUGAGACGUGGAGGCUGGGGGUGAGAGCUGAUGUGAGGAUUGAUAGCAGGGGCUGUUUUUUUGCACGGGCAAACAUGAGAGCGUGAGACAACACGACGGAUGCAAGCAUCAUGGAGCCAUGUGGGCCUCGAGAAUGUGAGCUGGACCCAGAAAACACCGGUUUCAUCGCAGUGGAGAACUUCACCAGCUUGGUGGAGCACCAUGAGCUGCAGCUGGACCCGUCCAAGCUGGACAUGCUGUUAGCGCUGGUCCAGAGCAAUGAAGAGGGGCAGGUGUGCUACCAGGAGCUCAUCGAGCUGAUGAACAGUAAGCGCUCCAGCAGUUUCCGACGAGCCAUUGCCAAUGGCCGCCGCACACUGCAGCGGGAGAUCCUGCUGGAUGAGACGGGGCUGGGUCUGUACAAGCGUUUUGUUCGCUAUGUGGCGUACGAGAUCCUGCCCUGCGAGACGGACCGACGCUGGUACUUCCACCAGAACCGCCUGUGUCCCCCACCUGUCUUCAUCGCCAUUGUCACCAUAGUACAGAUUAUCGUGUUCAUGUGCUAUGGCAUCAUGCUAAACAAGUGGGUACUGCAGACCUAUCAGCCUGACUUCAUGAAGAGCCCCCUGGUCUACCAUCCUGGCCACCGUGCACAAGUGUGGCGCUUCUUCAGCUACAUGUUCAUGCACGUUGGUUUGGAGCAGCUGGGGUUCAAUGCUUUACUGCAGCUGAUGAUUGGCGUUCCUUUGGAGAUGGUCCAUGGCAUUUUACGAAUAAGUCUGCUUUACAUGGCAGGAGUGCUGGCUGGCUCGCUGACGGUGUCCAUCACCGACAUGCGUGCUCCAGUCGUGGGGGGCUCCGGGGGGGUCUACGCUCUGUGCUCAGCGCAUCUGGCCAACGUUGUCAUGAACUGGGCCGGGAUGCGGUGUCCGUACAAGCUGCUCCGCAUGAUCCUGGCGCUAGUUUGCAUGAGUUCAGAGGUGGGUCGUGCUGUUUGGCUCCGCUUCUCACCACCGCUGCCCUCCUCGGGGCCCCAGCCGAGCUUCAUGGCACACCUGUCAGGGGCCGUGGUCGGUAUCAGCAUGGGGUUGCUGAUUCUCCGCAGCUACGAGGAGAGUCUGCAGAAACAGUGCUCCUGGUGGGUCAUCGUCUUCUCCUUCAUCACCUUCCUCCUCUUCGCCAUCUUCUGGAACAUAUUUGCAUAUGAGCUGCUGGGGGUGCAGAUACCACCUCCUCCCUGAUGAAGGCCCUCCUCCACAUACACUGACUCCAACCCUGCUCCAAACAAAGGCUUUGACCAUAGUUAACUUUCCCAUUUCCUCUCAAGUUAGACCCAAAUGAAAUGAUAUGAAAUCAUUCAAAACUAAAAUUGACCAAGAAUUCUUUUUUACAGAUACUUUGCAAAUCAAAGAAAUAUGUCUCUUUUAUUAAAGAGGGAUUACAGUAGCAACAAGUACAGGUGAAAGCUCCUCAGAUCAAUUUUGAGGAGCAUUAUAUCUUUUUAUAUAUACGUUGAAAUCUCAUCUACAUUACCAGCACUAACCUAUCAGUGAGCAUUUAGCCAUUGUGCUCUUUUUUUCAGAGGCUUUUUGAAAAGCUGUUUCAUCGGUCGAUUCUGAGUGCAUCUUUAAAAUGUGUAAAGACCUCAAGUACGAAGAAUCUGAGUUCAUGACACGUGCCUCUGGUGAAAAGAAAUUUAAGGGAGGCAGGAGUGUGUAUUGCAGCAGUGACAAUGCUGGCAAAACGCUAAGAGAAAUGUUCUGUCUUUCAGUAAAGGCCAGCGAUCAGGAUCAGCUGCAGGGAUGCCCCUUAAACCAACAGAGUUUCAGUGUUUUGCUUAAAGGCACCUAAGCAGAGUAGACACCUGAAUCUGACUCCUUUGGCUGUGCCACAAAUCAGAGCUGCAGGAGAAGAUUUAAUGAAGGAUUUCAGGAAGAGCAUGUUUAUUUCUGGGGGCAGCAAUAAAAAAAACCCACAGGAGCACUGUUGAAACAUGAUUGUUAAGAUUUUUUUAAAUUUCACAGCCCCGCUGUUACUCACAGGGGUUACUGUGGCUUUUUGCAAAAUUGAAAAAUAUCAACUAACCAAACAUUUAUCAUAAGCUGAUAAGACAAGACAUCAGUCAGAUUUGUUGCCCCCAGGUGCAGAUGGAAUAAGAGACCCUGUCCCAGAGCAGUUGCAGGAAGAAUGGAGGAAAACGUUUUAAAUGCAAGAUUUCAGGCACAUUUCAUGUGGAUUCUGUCAUCCUCAACAAGUACCUUAAAGUUAGAGGCAUUGCUGUCAUUUUCACUUCAUAAGACGACAUCAGUUUUCCUAUGUUAUUUCCAUGACAUUAUACCUACACUGUGGAUACAGAAACAUAGCUCACACAACAUGGACAUGGAGAUGGGAAAUGAAUGUGACCACGUGACAGGAGAGCAAAGAAAAAGAAGUUCAUGAAAAAAUGACAGCUGUAGUUUUUCCUGGAUGGUCAUUUCUUAAGUGAGCAAACGCCUCCUGUUGUCAAAUGCUAACCACCAACUUGUUAGGCGCACCGUGUAAAAUAUGCCAUGUCAUGCUCUGUGGCUCUCAGCGAGACAAGGACACACACACAGACACACUUCUCGUCUUUGUCUUUGAGAGCAGCAAUUGCCUGAUUCUGUAAGUCAACGUGGACAAACCGCAGAGAAGAAGACCACACACACACACACACACACAAACAUAAUGGCCUCUGCCUGUUCUCGCUCUGACAGACUGAACUGGGGAGGGCGCGGAUGUGUCAUCACCUGACCUCUGACCUUCGUGUCCCAGAGGGCAUUGGGGUCUCUCUGUCAGGCCCAGUCUAUACCUCAGUUUCUCAUUCUUAGGGACUGUAUACUUUUGUAAAGGAAUGUACCUAUAAUGAAAAAAAAAAAGAGUGUUA